AUGUUUGCUGAAGUUAGCGACUAUUUGAAACGAUUAAAGGCAUCGCAUGACGAGGAUGCCGUGGAUCGUAUCAAUUAUGUCUAUACAUCGUCCCUGUUGCUGAUCUUUUCACUGCUAUUAACUGCAAAACAGUAUGUCGGUGAACCGCUGCAAUGUUGGGUACCACAUCAGUUUAAGGAAGGCUGGGAAAAAUAUGUGGAAAAGCAUUGCUUUAUUGAGAAUACUUACUAUACAAAAAUUGACGAAAGAAUACCAGAUUCAGCACAGGAAAGACAGGAUCGAGAAUUAGCUUAUUAUCAGUGGUUACCUAUAAUACUGAUUAUUGAAGCUGCUUCUUGUUAUGCUCCAAGAAUUGUAUGGAAACUGUUCAAUAAGAACAGCGGGUUAAAUUUGACCUCUUUCAUUCCACUCUCUAUGCUGACAACUAAGGGUAGCCGUGUAAAAGAUCUGAAACUGAAGGAUAACGUUACGGCACCAUUGGUUGAACAUUUUCAACGAAACAUUCGACUUGCACACCAAAAUAAAAGCAUAAAAUUUGGAAGAUAUGUCACGCUUCUGUACCUUUUUGUCAAAAUUGGAUUUGUAAUCAACGUAAUUUUACAAUUUGUUUUACUUGACCGUUUUCUCGGUCCACAGUACACCUUAUGGGGUAUUGGUAUUGUCAAUGACUUGGUGCAUGGUCGGCAUUGGAAAGAAAGUGGUCACUUUCCACGCGUUACGCUAUGCGACGUUAAAGUAAGGGAGAUGGGUAAUAUUCAUAACUGGACUGUACAGUGUGUUUUGAUGGUCAACAUGUUUGCGGAAAAAAUCUUCGUAUUUUUAUGGUUUUGGUUUUUAUUUAUUGGCAUCAUAACAAUACUAAACUUUAUUUAUUGGCUCUACGUCACACUCUUGCCAAGUCAAGGAAUAUCGUUCGUGCGAAAGUAUCUUAAGAACUCAAAAGAACUAAAUAGGGUGAUGUUUCAGGAAUUCAAUAAUGUAAAAGUUCAAAAUGACAAUCAAAUAAGCAAUUUUAUUGACGAUUCUUUGAGAACUGACGGCUUAACAAUUUUACGACUAAUCAGCGACAAUAGCGGGGAUUUGGCAGUAGCAGACAUCAUCAGCAGGUUAUGGGAAAAUGCUCACCCAAAACAACCGUCACAAAAUCCUUCUCUUGGCAAAUUUCUGAACAAGUUAAAUCCAAAGUACGACGAUGAUGCGAUAGAUCGGUGUAACUAUUUAAUUACAAAUACUAUUCUAAUAUUUUGUGCCUUAACUGUUGCAGCAAAACAAUAUGUCGGUGAACCACUGCAGUGUUGGGUACCAGCUGAAUUUAAGGCUGGAUGGGAAAAGUAUAUUGAAAAUUACUGUUUUGUUGAAAACACCUAUUUUGUAAGAAUGGAUGACGAUUUACCUGCACAAACCAAUCUGCGAAACGAAAAAGAAAUUCAUUAUUAUCAAUGGGUGCCAUUUAUUUUGAUUUUUCAAGCUCUUCUAUUCAUGAUUCCAAGAUUAGUUUGGAAAACGUUCAAUAAAUAUACAGGAAUGAAUAUUUUUGCUCUUAUUGAGACUGUAUCCACGACCAGUAAACAGGGCCAAAAACGUGUUUUAAACAAGUCAAUAUGGCGCGUCUAUGUAACUGACCUGUAUAUAUUCUGUAAGAUGCUAAAUCUUAUCAAUAUAUGUAUCCAAUUCGCAUUUUUAAAUUGUUUUCUUGGGCCGCAAUACAAAUUUUGGGGGUUUGGUAUACUUAGUGACCUGUUGAAUGGACGGCAGUGGUACGAAAGCGGCCACUUUCCAAGGGUAACAUUUUGUGACAUCAGUGUCAGAGAGAUUGGUAAUGUUAACCAAAAAACAGUGCAGUGCGUGUUGAUGAUCAAUAUGUUUAAUGAGAAGAUUUUUCUUGGGAUUUGGUUUUGGCUUUUUCUGCUCGGUAUUCUUACAUCCAUUAACCUGCUCUACUGGAUUAUCACUACAGCAAUGCCACAGUAUGGAAGAAAUUUUGUCAAAAAUAGCUUGGAUAGCAUAACAGUACUUCGACUGUUGAGCGACAAUGCCGGAGAAUUAGUAGCAGCAGAUGUAGUGGCAUGUCUUUGGCGAUCUCGUGACAACACAAAGGAGGAUGACCAAAGCAUAAAGUUCUGA